AAACGUUAUGUUCUUUCCAAUAGAAGAAUCCUCAGUUAGCUUACUGUGACGAAACAGGAAAAGGUCUAAAUAAGUGGACUACCAUUACUUUAUUUCGCACAAACAAUAUUGGUGACAUUUUAGUGCCAAAAUUUCUACUUACGUUUAGAAUUUGAAUAAGUAAGUUAAUUUUAUAGCAGCAUUUGAUAUCUUAAAAGGUACCGAUCACUACACAGAUGAAGAAUCACUUUUUUAUGUCCGUUUCUAUUGUUUUAAUUCUUGGUUUACUCUUCAAAGAUUCAAAAGGUGAAUUUUACACAGCCAUUGCAGAAUUGGAAAAGUUAUUGGGUUCUGUUGACAUAGUUGUGAAAGCGUUAGAAGCUUAUCAAGAGAGAGAAGAAGUUAGAUUGGCGAAGGUCAAAUGGUUAUCAGAACAGUUUGGAAAACUCAAAAAAGAAGUGGAUAAAGAUGCUGAAACCUUUUUGUCAAAUCCUAUCAACGCCUUUUUGCUAAUCAAACGAUUGUCAGAUGAUUGGGAAGUUACAACUGAAAUGGCUAAUAAUUCUGACAGUGCCGCUUUGCUUCAUGAUAUAUCGCCAGAAAAAAUAAAUAUUCCUUCUAAAGAUGAUUUGCGUGGUGCCGCGUCUGCUUUAUUAAGGCUCCAGUCAACAUUUUUAUUGAAUACCACAUCAUUAGCAAGAGGAGAAAUUAAAGGGACCAAUUCAUCCAGCGAACUUUCAGCCGGAGACUGUUUGGAAAUGGGAAGACAGGCUCUACAUGAGUUCUACUAUCAGUAUGCUCUUCUUUGGCUGGAAGAAUCCUUGCGGAGAUUGAAAAAAGAAGAUACAUUGAAAACUGCAAACGAGAUAGACAUUCUAGAAUACUUGGCGUUUGCUCAUUUUAGUGUGCAUAAUUACACUAAAGCUUUUGAAAUAACAGAAAAAAUAAUAGAUUUGGAUCCAACUAACCCCAGAGCACCAGGAAAUCUCCUCAUGUAUUGGAAGGCGGGAGAAAAUUAUAAAGAGAAACAAAAAAACCAGAAGGCUGGAAACAAAACUGAAGAUGAAGAAUGGCCCAAAGAUUAUCUCUCUCCAAUUCUUGUCGAAGCAUUUGAAAAGCUAUGCCGGGGAGAAUCUACAAAAACUCUUGAAGAAGAAAGUCGACUGCAUUGCUAUCAGACGGAUAAUGGUAACAGCUACCUUAAACUGAAGCCUGUGAAAAUAGAAGUCUUGCAUUUGAAUCCUCGAAUUCUUAUGUACUACGAUGUUCUGAGAGACGAUGAAGCAGACACUAUUAAAUCAGUAGCACUACCGGUGCUGACCAGAGCAACAGUUGUUAACGGAACGAGUGGUAUAACUGACACUGCUAAUUACAGAAUAAGUAAAAGUGCAUGGCUAUCGGAUUCUGAUCAUCCGGUAAUUUCAAAAUUAAAUCGGAGAGUGGCAGCUCUUUCAAGUUUGGAUGUUAAAUAUGCAGAACCUUUGCAUGCAAUUAAUUAUGGUAUAGGAGGGCAUUAUAAUCCACACAUAGAUUUUGCUCGUGCAGGUGAAAAAAUUUCAUAUCUAGAUGAUUUAGGAAAUCGCUUAGCUACUUGGAUAUUUUAUUUAAGUCAUGUGCCAGCCGGAGGAUCAACUGUGUUCCCACGAAUUGGAGUUGAAGUGAAACCUGUGAAGGGCGCUGCUGCAUUUUGGUAUAAUUUGUACCAAAAUGGAACCGGAAAUGAAUACACGAUACAUGCAGCGUGUCCGGUUUUAACUGGAUCAAAGUGGGUUGCAAAUAAAUGGCUUCAUGAAAAUGGAAAUGAAUUUAAAAGACCUUGUAGUUUAAGCCCCUUCGAAUAAUUUCUUCAUCAUUGAAAAAUGUUGCCAUCCACAAAGACAUUCGACCUGUAAAAACUUUGUAAGACUUUUCACAAAUUUGCAUUCUAAGAAUAAUAAAAAGAGCAAAAUUAUGUAAGAA